GUUCUUUAUAAAGCAGCUGCAGUCUGCCUCCUGCACACAGCUGCUGAUCACCCACCAGACGAGCAAUCAUGGCUGUGGCGGUCGGUGCAGUUGCUGCAGUUGCUGCAAUUGGACAGGCAAUUGCUGGAGCAUUACCAACACAUCGACAGUGUGACAUUGAGGUUGUGAAUGAAUGUACUACCUACACUCUUUGUAACCCCAGGACGUUCACUUCAAGUGGAAGCUGUGCUACACCUUUACCACCGACUGUUACCCCUCUCAAAUCUGGGAAUGCAGUGUUCCAAAAGACACCACACACAGCUAAAGGAACUGUUGGCGUCUUUACCUACGAUCUCCUGAACAAGUGUAGAAAUCAGACAGCUGAGAAGAUAGCUGUCAUGUUUUCUGUGCCGUAUGACUUUAACCUGUACUCCAACUGGUACGCAGUGGGAGUUUUUAAUAAGAGCAAAAAGUGUGAUUAUGAUCUUUAUUGUGAGAUGUACUACAAAAAAGAUAUCACGUUUGUCAGAGGUAAAGCGAGUGGUGGUGUUCUCACUUGUAAGGGGAACCAAGUCACCAUCAUGGCAACAAUGUCAGACACCUACCAAACUGUCAUGAAGGUGCACGUGAUGCAAAACAAAAGAUGAGUGCAUCAAGCGCUCUCAAUAAUUAAUCAUCAGGGCUGGUAACAAAGUUUACAUUUGCUCUUGCACUUCACUGCAUUUUGGGGUCACCUCUGUUGUAUAACAAAAGUUACAUGACUUGAAAGCAUGCAACCUGUUAAACUACUCUUGCAAACUUGUAAUCUCUGUGAUCAGUAAAUAACAAUACAUUUAAUAUACUCUUAAUGUCUAUUCACCUUUGAACAUGUACAAUUAGUUUCACUUUUCACAAGUUCAUUUUCAAAGUGACAUCACAAUUACUAAUGUUUUAACCUAUCAUCCCUCCGUAUGUGACUUAUAACAACAAAUAAAGACGUCAAAUAAAAAUGACCCAUAAAGCUGAA